GACACAACGGAGACCGCUUAAAGGAAAGAAGAAUAGUUAACCGUUUGCUCUCCGGUACCACUGCCUUGCACAAAGAACGCCUGACAGAGCCCGCUAGCGAUUAGUAUAAUGAUCUUUUCGUGUCCCGGCUGAAAUCUGACUGCUCUCGCUUGGCAGACUCCCAAACAAACUGAAAAGGAACCGUUUGAGGCUUUUAAAGGUGGUUUGGUGAAGAGCGGCGUCGGAGCACAGAACUCCACAGACUAAUGAAGAAUAAUUUUUGCUCCUGUGGCAGUGCUUUCAUUAGGGCGACAUAACUUUGAAGCUCAUACUCGAACCUCAGACGUUGACGAAGACUCAAGGUCCCCCAAAAGCGGUGCUCCUCUGAGAUGCCGGAUAAGGAGCUGGAGGCAACGCGAGGCGCCAGCGAGGAGGAAGACGAUUACCACCUCCCUCCCGAUGCCCUGCCCCCGCUUCCAGAGAUCCCCGCCAGCCACAGUGCCCUGAGCCCCGGGGACCCGCUGGGGCGCUUCCGCCCCGAGAGCCGCGCCGCCUUCCGCUACUGCAGCGCCCGCAGCAUGGACUCCACGGACAGCGAGCGCCCCGUCAGCUACAGCUCCACCUCCUCCUCGGCCUCGUCCCGGGACAGCCACUGCUCCCUGGGCAGCCGCUCCACGCUGGCCGCCCACUGCCACCCAGGGCCCGACCGGGAUGCCGGCGCCAUCCGGCUGGAGCUGGUGCCGGCCCGGCAGCUGGAGUGCGCCGAUGAGCCAGCGGAGGGGAAGGCCGAGGGCAAGGACAGCCCCGUGACCACACCCACCGCCACGCCCACCGGGCCAAAGCUCCAGUACGUGGACCGAGUGGUGCAGGAGAUUCUGGACACGGAGAGGACCUAUGUGCAGGACCUUAGGAGCAUUGUUCAGGAUUACCUCGACUGCAUCUCCAACCAGUCCCGGCUCCCUCUGGGGGCGGAGGAGAGGGGUUCUCUUUUUGGGAACAUCCGCGACAUCUACCACUUCAACAGCGAACUGCUUCAUGACCUGGAGAAGUGCAACGCUGAUCCCGUGGCCAUCGCCGAGUGCUUUGUAGCCAAGAGUGAAGAUUUCCACAUUUACACUCAGUACUGCACCAAUUACCCGAGGUCGGUGGCAGUCCUGACGGAGUGCAUGAGGAACAAGGCGCUGGCCAAGUUCUUCCGGGAGCGGCAGGAGUCGCUGCGCCACUCGCUCCCGCUGGGCUCCUACCUGCUGAAGCCAGUCCAGCGUAUCCUCAAGUACCACCUGCUCCUGCAUGAGAUAGCCAAUCACCUGGAGAAGGACACGGAGACGUACGAUGUGGUUCUGGAAGCCAUCGACACUAUGCAGAGGGUGGCCUGGCAAAUCAACGACAUGAAGAGGAAACAUGAGCAUGCAGUCCGACUGCAGGAGGUACAGAGUCUACUCACCAACUGGAAAGGCCCGGACCUCAUUAGCUAUGGGGAGCUGGUCCUAGAGGGAACCUUCCGGAUCCAGCGAGCCAAGAACGAACGCACAUUGUUUCUAUUUGAUAGGUUACUGCUCAUCACAAAGAAAAGAGAAGAGUCCUAUACGUACAAGGCUCACAUCUUGUGCUGCAACCUCAUGCUGGUAGAACUCAUACCAAAAGAGCCCCUGAGCUUCAGCGUGUUCCACUACAAGAAUCCCAAACUGCAGCACACUGUUCAGGCCAAGUCCCAACAGGACAAACGCAUGUGGAUCCUUCACCUGAAAAGACUGAUACUUGAAAACCACCCUGCAAAAAUUCCAGCCAAGGCUAAGCAAGCUAUUUUGGAGAUGGAUGCUGUGCAUCACCCUGGUUUCCACUACAGCCCGGAGGGAGAGAAGAAACCCUCCCCCCACGCCAAGGAAGGCCCCACCACAAGGAGGGUGAGACGGAAGUCAGAGCCUCUGUCAAAAUUGCUAAAGAAUUCCAAGCAAGGGGCAGCUAAUCCAGAUGCACAAAAGCGGAGCAGUCUGGGCAUGUCCCUCCUGUCACCUGUCUCUGGGCUGAGCCCCAGGGAGGGUCUGCUGGCAUCCAUUGGCCGGACCCGGAGCCUGGUGAACCAAUCAGAGGAGUCCCUGGACCCGGGUGACCCCAGCGACGUUGAGGACAGUUCACACCUGCAAGAUGCCGAUGACGAGGAUGAGACUGGUCCAGGUACAGGAAAGAAGUUCAAAAUUCAAGCAAAAGGUGCUCGGAAAAGACUUAAUCCCCAGGUUUCCGUAGACAGCAUUGACAAGUGGCAAAAUUUUAAUAUCAGCCCGCAUGAUUUACAGGCUGCCAAAGAGUCGCUGCAGAUGGACGCCGGCCACGUCCCGAUCCACAGCGUGUCUCGCCCGUCCGAUGUGCAUGGUGACCCCCACCUAGCCUCCGUGCUUGGCAGCGACCACGUGGUGAGAAACAUCUGGACAGAUCACCAGAUCAGGCGCGCCAUGUUCCCCACCCGCCAGCAAACCAUACAGGGGGAAGACGAGGAGGACAUCUAUCAGAUGUUCCUGCCUUCAGAGCCUCCUAUCCCAGACCGGGAGGAGUCCCCAACCAGAGAGGGUGGCCGACCGCCCGGCAGGCCCUGCAGCUGGCAUGUAGAACAGACACAGACAGAGCCAGAGGCACCACCCGCGGGCAGGAAAGUAAUGAGGCGAGCAAGCAGCGUCGGGGAGAAGCAGUCGGAGAGCAAGGCCGUAGACCCAGGGGAGAGCCUGACCCGUCAGUCCGACAGCCUGCAGACAGAGACUUCCAGCAACGUCUCUGGUUCCGACUCCGCCGAGCAGCUCACCAUCGAUGACAUCGAGAACGUCUAUGACAACAUCAGCUAUGAGGACCUGAAGUCGAUGGGGCUGAUUCGCCGGGACCAGGAGUGCACACGUGCUCCACAAGAGGUGGUGGAGGAGAAGCCUAAAUUGAGCGUAGAGACCACUGAAAAACCCACCAACAACUGUGAAAUGACUGAACCUGCACCAAAAGCAACCUUGUCAUCUGAGAGCAACAAGCCCUCUUCCCAGGACACUGCUCCUUUAGUGAAGUGUGACCUCCAGAUCAUGGAGGAGAACAUCUAUGAUACCAUAGGUCUCUUGGACCAGCCACCUGCACAGUUCAAGGGUGAGAUGGAGGUUGGUAAAAUGGACAGCCUGCAGGGUCUUGAGUCAGACUAUGCACACUGUGACAGCCUGGUCACCUUAAUCUCUGAGGAGAGCCUGCAGAAUGGAGAACACACCACAGCAGACCAUAGCAUCCCAGCAGAGCCAGACACCACCUCCUCCAACUCCGACUCCCUCUCCUGCAUCUCCGCCGCCGACAAAAUGUCAGAGCAGGUGGACGAGAUCUGGAACGACCUGGAGAACUACAUCAAGAAGAACGAGAAGAAGCAGGACCGUCUGACGGCAGCCUUCCCCGUGAGCAGGCCGGAGACCCUGCAAAAGGCCCACACCCUGAGCGUCCCGACGCUCGUCAGAGAGAAGCACGUGGAGGAAGAUGAGCCCCCGUCUCCUCCUGCUCCCGUCACAGAGAGCCUGGGUACGGUCAAGUCUGUCAAGAACAAGCUGGCCAGGCUCAGCAGCGGGAGCUUCAGGUUCGACGACGGGGACACACAGAAGGACAGAGGCCUGCUGGGCCUCAGCAGCAGCCUGUUCCCUGGCGACCUGGCCAGCCUGGACAACACGGUGGCCUCCACUAGCAGCAUCCUGUCUGACUCCAACAUGGAGAUCCCCCUGGAGUGGGGAGACAAGACCAAGAACCGGGUCUUUCUCAUGGCCAGACAGUACAGCCAGAAGAUCAAGAAGGCCAACCAGCUGCUGAAGAUGAAGAGCCCAGAGCAGGAGCACAUGGGCGGCCGGAUCAGGACGAAGCAGAAGGACCUGGCGGCCAUAUUGGAGGAGAAGAAGCAAGGGGGUGCUGCCAUAGGUGCGAGGAUUGCAGAAUACUCGCAGCUGUACGAGCAGAUCAUGUUCAAAGAGGUCCCCGCAGACAGCCAGAAGAAACCACACAGACUAUCAGGGGAACCUCAGUCCCAGAGAAGCUCCCAGUGUGACUCUGACAGCAAAUGUUUGGAGGAGGACUGGCUGAAUUCCACCUACAGCAACGGGGAGUUAGCCGACUUUGUCUCCUGGCCAAAUGACUCUGACCUCAGAGGGGAGGGGCGGAUUUCUACUCCCCAGUGCAAGCUGACCCCGGCCUGCUCCGUCCCUGCUCUUAAGUCUCUCCCGACCCCACCGCCCCCCACCCAAAGGUGGAGCGCGUGCAUAAAUCAGCCAAACAAGGAGAACUUAAGCCAGGAGCACAUCUAUAACUCCCUGGGCCGAAGGCCUGCUUCCUCCAAAGCACUCCCGUACAGCAGGUGCCAGUCCUCCUCCUCCAUAGUGGCUAAUGGCAAGACCCCAGAUCUGCUGGGAAAUGAGAGCAGUCAGUUUUCCUCCAGCAGGGGCUCGGCGGGAGAGAAGACCCCUCGGUUCCCUGUGCCGGGGCUCGCCCACUCGGGACGACAGUUCAGCCUCCCGGAGAAGUCGUCGAAUGGGCACUCCGACCUGACGCUCCAGGACACUCAGCAGGUAGUGGUGGUGAACAGACAUUCUCCUCUGAGCGCGCACAGGGCCACCCAGAACUACCUCGCCAACUUCAAGGACACCGGAGAUGACGAUGACGAGGACUACGUGGAAAUUAAGUCGGAGGACGAAGACCAGGACUCGGGGGUCAGAGAUAAUGCACCACAGGCCGUCUCUACUCCUUGCUUGGACAUGCACUGCAACAGAGGCCUAAUGCAGUCUCAGAGCCUGCCUUGCACACCCAUCAAAACCUGCCAUGCUAAUGUCAACCCUGUUGUUUCCCUCUCCGCCUUCACUGACCAAGGCAAACUCAACAACUACCUGUGGAAUGAACCCCAGGCUACCCAACAGAACAUAGUGCAGUCAUUGAGAGAAAAAUUUCAGUGUCUGAGCUCCAGUAGUUUUGCCUAAGGAAUUUUUUUUAGUGUACUGGUAUCCAUUAUUGCUUGUGCUGGUAUAAUGCACAUGUGUUUGAGACUUUGACAGCACAGCUAGUACUGUGAUCUGAUUCAGAGAAGCACGUCCAACAAUAACUUAAGGUCUUCCACACUUGUUUAAGGAUAAAUGGUAUGUAUAUUUAAGAAACCAAUAAAAGUCAAAGAUAGAUUGUUUAUUGUAGUUUACGUAGUGUUAAAGAUUAAGAUCAGACAGGCAUUGCAUUGCUCAGACUGUUGGCUAAGGUUAAAAGGGAUUAUGCUAAUAGAGGCUGCCUUGGAAGUUGCUGAAAGGUGACUUGUGUAUAUACAUAGAUGUUCCCGUAUGGUUCAGCAAAACAUAGGCAUAUGAAACUGAGAUUAUUUGUGGAUUAAUUACACCCUGCAAUCUCAAUUAUUUUGUUGCCCUUUGCCAUUCACAUUUAUGGUGCCAUAUUUAUAAAGCUCCACUGUUCUCUGGUAAAAACUAAAUGUAGACCUUUUACCCCACCUACACCAACCUGGCCUGUAUUGUACUUGCUCAAAACUUUAUUUAUUAACACUAUAAUUUACACAAAAGUCAGCAUAGAGUACCAACCUGAAAGGCAGCCCAUAGCAAUUUGAUGUAGUUCAAACUGUAGUGUUGGUUUCCAUUCUAGUUGUGUAAGAUUAUGUUCUAUGGAUCUUCAUAUUAAAGCUCCAUGUUUUAAAAAAUAAUUUUAGUAUUAUAUUUAUCUGCAUAGAUAAGUAUGUCACAGUUCAGAGCAUUGACCCUAAAGUGUAUUUUAAUUGCACAAACCAAUCAUUUGCAUAUGGAGUGCAGCAUUUAGAAUAGAUUUUUAGAUGCUGACUAAUUCAUGUACUUUAUAGAUGUAUCUGCAACUCAGGAUUUCAUUACCAACAACUAAUGGUCACUAAGUAAUUGAUUAAUUAGAUAUGCAUGCUUUUAUGCCUGAAACAUUCAUAUAUAUUGAAAUGAUAUGUGCAUAAGUGGUAUUUUUAAAUAGGACUGUAAGGAUGUCCAACAGUAUCUUCAAAUGUAAGCAACAAGAAUGAAGGUGGUUCUUGUUCAAAUGUUGACCUUUUAAGUGAGGGAUCAGGCUAUAGUAAAAGCAGUCUUGAAGAAAUGUAUAUAGUUAUUACGCUUAAUUUGGCUAAGCAACGGUAGUAUCUAUUUAUUUCAAAACUAUGCGUGUGAAAUGUUAAAUAUGUACUUAGGCCACUGUGUACGUAUCAGUAGUUCGAGUGGCACAUACUGUAACAGGCCAUACAUUUUAAGAAUCUAAAACACAUUUUUUUUCUAUGAGGGACCACCGAACACAGAAUUAGGAAUUAAAAUUUUGCUUAAGGAGUACUGUACUGAUGUAUAUGUUUAUUAUAGUUAUCACAUCAUCAGGUUCAAUUCUUUUUUUUGUUUACCUUUGUGUUUAUAUCGGGACACUCCCCCCAUAACACUACUGAUCUGUAGAAAGCACCGUUCCUUUUCUCAUAGCCUCCCACUCACGGAAUGCACACUGUUUCAGAUAACCUGCACAUUUAAACACAUACUAAGGGUUUGCUCAUUUCAGGGUUAUGUUUAUGAUAUUGGACACUAUCUAGUCCAGACCUGGGGUCAAUCCAAUAGUUAGGCCUAUCAGCUCUUAAAGCAGCUGACAAGAACAUUUAGUUAAAGAUCAAAGGUGCCUGUUUGCCCCAGGUCAGAGUAAAAAUAUGUUUUUUUUUUUGUUGUGGUUGGGCACAUUUCAGACCUUAUCAGUCAAAUAAGUUUCUGUCUGUAUUGUUUUCUGUUUGACCGUUGCAAGAUGUGUUCUUCACUGAAAUUCACAUCAAUUUUAUUUCAAUAUAAGCGUUCCUUGUCACACCCCUCUUGUUUACCCAAUGCCACGAUAAAGGAGCACUCCAGGCAUAAUCUAUAAUAUGACAUACCUAAUAUGUAUGAAACCUUAACGUGAAGCCCAAGAAUGGUGCUUGCAGUGGGUUGUCAGUCAAGACCUUAUCCCCAUCCCAAAUACUAAAGAUGUCAAUGGAACUGAGGCUCCUCUGAGAUAAUGCUGUGAUUCAGUGGGAGGAAGUUGGAAGUUACUAACAGAAAGAGGUAUUUUAGAAGAAGUAAAUAUUCACCAUGCCAAACUGCACAGUGUAUCUACAGCCUGUUUUGUGCCUUUAAAUAAUCAGAGAGCUCUACUGUUAACUUCCUGAUUCCUCUAGCUGAUUUACAGUUACAGUUCUGGGGUGCUAUAGUUACACAUACAUCAUCAAAUGACAGGAGGGGUCAGUUCAGCUCUGUGCUAAUUGAGCUCUGCAGGCAUCAUUCCCAGUCAUCAACAUGUUUCACACAUAUUAUAAAACAUCAUAUUAUAUAUUUUGGGUGGAGUUUCUCUUUAAGAAUUUCAGAAAGUUUGUAAAUUAAGUGAAAAUAUUUAUUUAAAGGUUGCCUGACUGUAAUCCUGUGAUAUUUCAGCAAACCCCAAUUUGGUUCCUAUGUAUACUGUGAAUGUUAUAAAAAAUAAAAAAAAAUCUCAAAGC